UUCUUGUCAAAGUGAUAAAUAAGGAGAUAAAAUAAGAGCAUCAAGUAAUAAUAAAUAGACUUUGAGGAGUUUAUGUGUCAUUUUGAAUAUUCGAAUACUAUUAUUCAUCAAUGAAAUUCCUGGAAUCACGGUACUUAUAUCGCAAGUGACCUUACUCAGCAUUUCAUCACUCAUUACGGUGUAAUUCGUCUCUUUUAGGGACGUUUUCGUAAUUGGUUGGACAUUUAGGAACGAAAUCUUCUCCAUAAAGUUACAAAUGAUCAUCACACAAUUUGGAAAACUUUAGCCUCUAAAGUGGUGAAAACUUGCCACCUAGAAGUCUGAUUCAACGACAAAGAAACAAAACGAUUCGUAAAAAUGUGUUAUAUGAGAUUGAAUUAUGGCCGAGCCCGUUGAGGAUGAUGUAAGUUUCCUGGGCAUUCAAGAGGGACCAGAGCGUACAUCACCCAGACCCGACUGUCAGGUGCCAAGCAGAGAGUAUUGCAGAGCUGCACCCGAAUAUCAUGCCUCUGAAUAUCAAGCUGCUGGAGCCCUCCGUGCACCGGUGAUUGCAUCCCCAUCACGGCAGGACAGAAAAAACUCAGCUGGGCGGGUAUUACCUAGUGGAAGUGGAGAUCGGAAUUCACCAUUCAGUUCCAGUAGCCCAGUUGCAAGCCCACGAACACCAGACAAGAGCCCUAACUAUAAUAUUGAUGCCUCUGGCUCCACUUACGCACUUCAGGUUGCACUGAGAAACAUGAAGGAGCGGUAUCACAAAUUACAGAAGAAAAUGGCUUUAAUAGAGGACGAUAACCAGCGUCUGAUCAGCGGGAAGUCAGAGUUAUUUGGUGAAAUUGGGAAGUUGCAGGUAUCCAGUAACUCUUGUGAAAACAGCAUCAAGCUCCGCGAGAAGAACCUUCAAUUGAACCAGGAAAUUCACACAAAACAUCAGGAAUGCUGCUCUUUGAAGGAGAAGUUCUCGGCUCUGUCAACCGAAAAUAUGAAUCUCACAAGACAAUUAGCAAAGACAGUGCAGGAGAACAGACGGCUAAACAAACAGGUAACUCUUGCAGCAGAUGAAAACAAGCGUUUAAGAGAAAAACUCAGCCUUAUUAGUGCUCAGGUGAAGACAUUACCUGGCGGUGCAAGUUUAGCAGUAUCAGCAUCAGAACUCGGCACCCCUCCUAAAACAAAAAUUGUUCCACUAUCAGGUUGUGCCUCCUCGCCUAGCUUAUUUCCUGCUCUUCAUGGAUCGAACAACACAAAGAACAGUCCUGACUAUUCUGAAAACCACGGGGAUCUGCCAAGCAUGCCAUUCAUUAUUUCCCCUAUUUUGAAAGGGAAGCAUGUCUGUGACUCUUUGUGGCACACAGAAGGACUAAUCAGAAAAGAACUUGAUAGUUUCAAUGAUCCUCCAACAAGAUUUCUUUCAUCCCACAAAGACACUCUGGAUGACUAUGAACAGAUCAGCAGCUCUGAACUCGGUGAACUUGACUCUUGGGAUGACAACGGCAGCGGCAAUGAGCACUUGCUGAUAUCCGUGCAGAGUGCUACGCGACGUAUGAGGGACCUAAUCGCUAACCUCCAAGAACAGAACCACAGUUUAUUGAUGUUGUCACCACUUUUACAUUCCAUGCAAUCAUCCCUGGGAUCUCAUGCAGAUGACAGUCAUCGGAAUCUCACGUUGAGUCGAGAGGGAACCUUAGGUCAGCGGGAUAGAGAUAUGUCAACCGUCACGCUAACUCCAUCGACAGAGGGCUAUGGUAUGGCAACAGAAGAAAUUGAUGAUGAGGGAAAUUGCCAAAGCAGAUUGGCAACAUGCGGCUCUGUUCUGAACCCAAUGUACAUAUCUACUGGGGCUCUUAAUACGUAAGUAACUGUUUUUUUAAGUUUUGUAGGUAACUGA